GCCACUGGUAGUGGAGGAUUGUAAUAAGGAGUGCCAUCAUAUAAAGGAUGAUCAUGUAUCAGUUUCAACUAGUGCAAAGUAUGAGCAGGACAUAGGCUUUCCAAUUGAAGCUACUUCCUCAGAACCGGAAGGCAAUGAUCAAAUAACUGAUACAGGAAUGACUUCUGAAAUUGGCAUUACUAGUGUUUUUCUAAAUAGUGCAGAGUUCGGUGCACGGUAUUCAGAAGAUCUGUGUUCUAGAGAGGAGAUUCUCCCUUCAGCAAAACAUGAUGUUCUUACUGAGAACAGGGACGGGAAAGACAAACAAUGUCAUUUGUUGGUAACAAAUCCUCAUUCCACCUUUGAUAUACAGACUGUAGAGGCCAUUCAUUAUUCUGAUCAGCAUGUUUUGGAGAUACACAAUGAUUGUUUGAGUUGUAAGCAUGAUGUCCACAAAGAGUCAACCGAAAAAACUAAGUUGAUUGAGUCUGUCUUCAUCAAAAGUGAACAAACACCUCAGCUGAAAAAUCAGAGCCCAAAGAAGUUUUAUGACUGUUUGUUUGAAGGUGGAAGUUCUGAAGGUGUUAGUCUUAAAGUCAGAGGUUCUCCGAAAAGGGGAAUGAGAUCUCAAUUUGAAUGCACAGGGCAAGUAAAUGAAGACUGUUCUAGAUUCGUACUGAAAGGACAAUUUCAAACCUUUAGUAACAGUUGUGCUGCUGUGCUGAAUAACAUAUCUACUGAUAUGGCUGAGAAAGUUUCCAAAGGCGAUCAUGUUGAGUUGCUUGCAAACAUUAUUUUUCAUGAAGAAUCACAGAAGAAAGAUGUAAUUGGGACUGAUUGUGAUGUUCCUGAACAAUCUUAUGUUUAUCAAAGUGAGUCCAGCUCAGCUAGUUGUGCUCUGCUAGAACCUGUAACUGAAAAUGGAAGUGCAAAUAUGGUAGAAAAUGUUGGACACAACCCCAAAGUUAAUUUUGGUCCAGGCUUUGUCGAGAUUGAGAUGUCAGGUGAAAAUCUUAAAUGUCAGGUUGGCAUGAGAUCUGCAUAUGACAGCCAACUCAGUGGCCAAGCAGCUAGUUCAGAACUUAAUUCAUCUUUGACAGAUAAAGCUCAAAUUUCACCACCAUUGAGUACCAUCAAGUCUAAGACUGUUUGCUCUUUGAAAGAGGAAUCAGCAUUGUCUAUUGAACCAAUUCUGACUUUGUCAAAUGAAAAUGGCCAACAGCAUGCAAAAUUAGAUUUAAUGGAGACUAGUAUUUUGCUCGAGGAAGCUGAAGCUGGUAUGCCUCAAAAAGAUGGUGGUCCUAAAGUGAAAUGCAGCACGAAUUUUGUCCUGGCAUUCUCACCUCAAAAGAGAGGGAUGCCAAAGUGUCUACCUGCAAGGGUACUGGAGAUAGUAAGAAGCUAGAUACUCUUAUGAUAAAGCCUCCACCACAUGCUGUACCAUUUUCUGACGAAUGGUUAGCUGCAUUUGAAGCUGCAGGGGAGGAGAUACUAGCCCUGAAGAGUGGCGCUGUGCAAAAUUCACCACCUCAGCAGUCUCUCCCUGAACCUGGUCCUUGGUCACCGGUUAGACGAAAAAACAAUCAAGAGAUUGGACCAUUUGACUGUACAAAAUUCACCAAUACACAACAUCUCACCUAGUUUUUGAUUGAAGAGAUGGGUUCAACCUAACCAUUCUUUCUUUUUUUCCUUCUUUUUUGGUCACUAACAAUGUGAUUUGACACGAGAACCACGCAGUGUGCAAGUUUUCCGGAAAAUAACUGCCAUAGUUUUUAUGGCGGCCUGCUCACUUUUCUUUUCCUUUAUGGUUCCAUAUCAACCAAUUGUAAGUUUGUACUAUUGAUGUAAGGACCUCAAACACGCCUUCGAUGAAAAUUUAUUGGAUCUUGCAACAACCAAUAUCUUCUGUAUUAAUAUAUUUCAGCAGUGAUG